UGGUGCUUCUUACGAUUAGUAAGUAUUGGUAUGCAGAAAUCAAUUCAUAUGUAUAUUUCGUGGCAAAUAAAUAAUUAUGUUAAGUUUUUCUUAACAGUUUGAAUCAGCUGGCGUAGCUUGAUUGUCACAUUGAUGAUCAAUACACUACUCAGUCAUCCGUGUUAAAGCUCACGCACGUGACGGACGCUUUGAUAAUACAAGAAACCACAUGUAUUAUGGGUGUAUGGAAGUAACUUCUCUCGGUGUAUUUACGGUUUGAACGUAAAAUAUUCAAACAGUAACAUAUAAGACUGGACCGGGGCGGCUUUGGUAUCCGGCGUCCAUAUUCAGGUGUGGAUACAGGAUUUGAUGAUGAAUAAUCGACGCCUGUAGUGACCUGUGAGAUUCGUUAGUACUCCAACUGUGCUAUACCGGUUGAACCACUUGCGUCCAAAAAAAGGUAUGAUGUUUCACCGACAAGUGAGACUACGAUUGAGCCGGAAUCUUUUAGUGACUGUACUUUCACUGAUAUGGGUUUUGUGUAUCUGUGAGAUCAGAAGAAAUCUUCGAGAGAUUAAAUACCUUCCGGAAAUUCCUGGAGAGAAGAGCAUUCAUUUUUUGGAAAGACCAAAUUGGUUUAGUAGAUAUGCAUUCCAAAAUUGUAAACAGAAAUGUAAAAUGACUGAAGGUAGAUACAUCCCAGAGAAUAGUGAUGCAGUUCUGUUCCACUCCUCAAAAAUGUGGUUAGUACGACCUCCUCCAAAACCACGAGGUCAAAUUUGGGUAUUUUACAGCUUGGAACCACCAAUGAACUACCGGCUUUCAUUCUACAAUUGGAACCACGUGUUUAACUGGACAAUGACCUACAGACGUGAUGCGGAUAUUUUUCAUCCAUAUGGUACUUUUCGUAAAAAAAUGGUAUCUCAUCAAAAUAAGAGCAACACUUUUUUGCCAUGGAAGAAAAAAACUGCAGCAUGGUUUGUAAGUCAUUGUAAUACACAGAGCAAGCGUGAACAGUUUGUCAAACUGUUAAGGAUGUAUAUGGACAUUGACGUUUAUGGUAAAUGUGGUUCAUACAUCUGUAUACGGCGCGAUCGGCGUAAAUGUCUAGAUCGUCUCGAUAAAGAAUACAGCUAUUAUUUAUCAUUUGAAAGUUCUCUCUGUCGUGAUUAUGUGACUGAAAAGUUUUUCAAAAUUUAUUCUGUAUCCAAUGUUAUACCAGUAGUGAGAGGAAAUGCCAACUAUGCGAUGUAUGGCCCACCAGAUUCUUUUAUAGAUGCUUCCAAGUUUUCAUCAGCAAACAGGCUUUCGAGAUAUCUUACUUCCGUGGCAACAAGCAAGAAAUUAUUUUCGACUUUUUUCAAAUCCAGAGAUAGCUAUUACUUGACUGGUGAAGUAUCGGAGUCUUACUGCGAGUUGUGUCGUCGCGUACACGACGCGUCAUCAUACAAGCGUCUCUAUGACGACAUACGACAUUGGGUGUAUGGUUCAGAUCAUGUUCGCAUAUGUGUACCUCCAAAUGAUCUUUAUAUGCUAAAAAAAUAACCCGCUUAAAAACAUUGAUUUAUUCAAAUACUUUUACUAUUUUAAAUGAAUUAUUUCAAUCAGUCUAGUUUUUUUUUCUUUAAAAAGAUUUUAUAAAAGUCAAUAAAACUGAAAUACAAAUCAAACUGCAUCAUGCAGUUGUUUCCCCUUAAAAUAAAAUAGUGAUGUUAGGGACAUCAUACAGUUAUUUCAACUUUCUAUGCUUAGGCAGUGAUGUUAAGGACAUCAUACAGUUAUUUCAACUUUCUAUGAUUAGGCAGUGGUGCUAGGGACAUCAUACAGUUAUUUCAUCUUUCUAUGAUUAGGCAGUGAUGUUAGGGACACCAUACAGUUAUCCUUCUAAGAUUAGGUUGUGAUGUAAUUGACAUCAAACAAUUGUUUCAUCUUUCCAUGAUUAGGUUGUGAUGUAAUUGACAUCAAACAAUUGUUUCAUCUUUCCAUGAUUAGGUUGUGAUGUAAUUGACAUCAAACAAUUGUUUCAACUUUCUUGGAUUAGGUUGUGAUGUUAGGGACAUCGUACAUUUGUUUCAUCUUUCCAUGAUUAGGUUGUGAUGUAAGGGACAUCAAACAAUUGUUUCAUCUUUCCAUGAUUAGGUUAUAAUGAAAGGGACAUCAAACAAUUGUUUCAUCUUUCUUGGAUUAAGUUGUGAAGUUAGGGACAUCGUACAGUUAUUUCAUCCUCCUAGAAUUUGACAGUGAUGUUAGGGACAUCAUACAGUUGUUUCAUCCUUCAAUGAUUUGACAGUGAUGCUAGGGACAUCAAACAGUUAUUUCAUCCUUCAAUUGGUAGGGA